UCCUGAGGCGGACUUCGGCGAUAAUUCCGAAUGCAUAUGAGUAUAUAUAUUUUACUUGGAACCCUUAAAUCAAGAGUCAAGUGGGGCACAGAUUGAGCAAUCCGUUCAUGUGACCCCGACACCUUUAAAUUCUGGGUUCGCCUCUUUAUUCUGUGCGAUAACUCUGAGAAGAUGCUUCCUUUUUGGAGGCGGCUGAGUUGGAAUGAUUGAGAGAAACAAAAACCUAUGUGGACCAUUUUCUAGCUCCACUCCAUUCACUGAUACACAUUUCACAUGAAUUACUAUGUUUUCAAAGAUUCUAUGUCAAGACAACACAUGAUUUCAGAUGGGAUAGGUUGAUUCAGAUAUGAAAAACCCAGCUGCUAUGUGGACCAUUUUCAGCCGUAUCUCUGACUCCGCUCCUGCACAUUUAUCCCAUAUCUCUGGCUUCAGUCCUACACAUUUAACUCAUAUCACUGGCUCCAAUCCUACACAUUUAACCCAUAUCUCUGGCUCCACUCCUACACAUUUAACCCAUAUCUCUGGCUCCACUCCUACACAUUUCACUUUUCUGCUUUGCUAUAAACAUCUAUAGCCUGAUUAGAGAGACAUACAAGUCUUUUCUAUCUGUUGUGUGUGUGACUAAAACAAGAAAAGGCCCAAAAUGGAAAACAAUGCUGUUGAAGUUCCUAAAGGCAAACAACAAGACAUUCCUCUACUGACCCCUUAUACUAUGGGAAUUUUUCAGUUAUCUCAUAGAGUGGUGUUGGCACCAUUGACAAGGCAGAGAUCUUAUGGCAAUGUUCCUCAGCCACAUGCUAUCCUUUAUUACUCACAAAGAACAACAAAAGGUGGUCUUCUAAUAGCAGAGGCCACAGUAAUUUCUGACACUGCCCAAGGGUACAAAGAUACACCUGGUAUAUGGACAAAGGAGCAAGUUGAGGCCUGGAAACCAAUUGUAAAUGCAGUCCAUGCCAAAGGAGGAGUAUUUUUUUGCCAAAUUUGGCAUGUUGGGAGAGUUUCCCACAAAGAUUUUCAGCCCAAUGGACAGGCUCCUAUUUCCUGCACAGACAAGCCAUUAACACCUCAAAUUCGUGCGAAUAGCGGGGAUGUUGCACAAUAUACACCACCACGACGGCUGAAGACAGAUGAAAUUCCUCAUAUUGUUAACGAUUUUCGGCUUGCUGCUAAAAAUGCCAUUGAAGCUGGAUUUGAUGGGGUUGAGAUCCAUGGAGCUCAUGGCUAUCUAAUUGACCAGUUUAUGAAAGACCAAGUCAAUGAUCGAACAGACCAAUAUGGAGGGUCUUUAGAGAACCGUUGUAGAUUUGCACUCGAAGUAGUUGAAGCAGUUGUAAAUGAGAUAGGAGCUGACAGAGUGGGAAUAAGGCUUUCACCAUUUGCAAGCUACAUGGAAUCAGGAGACUCAAACCCGAGCGCUUUGGGACUUUACAUGGCUGAAUCCUUGAAUAAGUAUGGCAUUGCUUACUGCCACAUGGUUGAGCCGAGGAUGAAAACAGUUGGAGAGAAAACUGAAUGUACUGAAAGCCUUGUACCAAUGAGGAAGGCAUUCAAAGGUACUUUUAUGGUAGCUGGUGGUUAUGAUAGAGGAGAUGGAAACGAAGCUGUGGUUGAAGACCGAGCUGAUCUUGUUGCGUAUGGACGUGUAUUCUUAGCUAAUCCAGAUUUACCUAGGCGAUUUGAGCUCGAUGCACCUCUCAACAAGUAUAACAGGGAGACAUUCUAUACAUCUGAUCCUGUUGUUGGUUAUACUGACUAUCCAUUUCUAGAAACCACAACAUGAUGUUAAGGAAGCAUAGGAUAACCUUUUUCCCCUCUUUUAUUUUUUUUAUUUUUUUUUGUGCGUGUGUGUGUGUGUGUUGGUUGUUGGCGGAGAGGGGUUCACCAGAUGCUUCAUGUUGUCUCACAUAAUAAGUUAUCUAUCGAUAACGAUCACUAGCAUUUUAUGCAGUUGAAUUCUGUAUGGUUUUUACAUG